UGUUACCGUUAGCGCAACAACUGAUUCAGCUGCUGUUGCCCAAUUCCUAGUUCAGUGAGCUACAUACAUUAAAUAGGUUAGCAGUUCUACGGACAGUGCAAAAAUAUGUGUGGUUGUUAAAGAGUCAAAAGUAGAGAGUUCGGUAUUUUGUGGCGCUUUUCAUUAGCAUUUUCUGCAUAGUUUCUUUGUGAAUUUGAGAAUUGUUGAAAAAUAUGGAUUGGCAAAAGUGUGUGAUUUAAGCAUUUGGAAACUAGCAGAGCUGGCGGGCGACGGCGACGGCGAGGGCUAAACUAAAACGACGACGACGUUUUGGCCAGGGAUUAGGACAUCGUCGCAACGGCGAUGUCACCGACCGGACAAAUAGCAAAGACGCCCACGCCACACGACAACGAUAACAAUAGCAAUAACGAUCAGCGUGAAACAUGGAGCGGCAAGGUGGAUUUUUUAUUAUCGGUUAUUGGAUUCGCCGUCGAUUUAGCAAACGUCUGGAGAUUUCCCUAUUUGUGCUACAAAAAUGGCGGUGGCGCCUUUCUAGUGCCCUACUGCAUUAUGCUGAUUGUGGGUGGAAUACCGCUCUUCUACAUGGAGCUCGCCCUGGGACAGCACAAUCGUAAGGGCGCCAUCACAUGCUGGGGCCGUUUGGUGCCGCUGUUCAAGGGCAUUGGCUAUGCAGUGGUGCUGAUUGCCUUCUAUGUGGACUUCUACUACAACGUGAUCAUCGCGUGGUCGCUGCGCUUCUUCUUCGCCUCGUUCACCAACGUGCUGCCCUGGACAUCGUGCAACAACAUAUGGAACACGCCCAACUGCAAGCCGUUCGAGGGCCAGAAUACGCGCCCUUUGGUUGGCAAUCUGAGCGAUUUCUAUGCCUUCAACAAUCAGAGUUUGUUCUUUGCCAACGAGUCGUAUACGAAUGUUACCUUUGCCAGCCUGGCACCCGUUCUGCCCGUCGAGCGAUUCCAAUCGGCUGCCUCCGAGUACUUUAACCGCUACAUACUCGAGCUGAAUCAGAGCGAGGGCAUUCACGAUCUGGGCAAGAUACGCUGGGACAUGGCCCUGUGCCUGCUCAUCGUCUAUCUCAUCUGCUACUUCUCUCUGUGGAAGGGCAUCAGCACCUCCGGCAAGGUGGUCUGGUUCACGGCGCUCUUUCCGUAUGUGGUGCUACUCAUACUGCUGAUACGCGGCAUCACCUUGCCGGGCUCUGCCAAGGGCAUUCAGUAUUACCUGAGCCCCAACUUUGAUGCCAUCUACAAGGCGGAGGUGUGGGUGGAUGCUGCCACCCAGGUGUUCUUCUCCUUGGGUCCUGGAUUCGGUGUGCUGCUCGCCUAUGCAUCCUAUAAUAAAUAUCACAAUAAUGUGUACAAGGAUGCACUGCUCACCAGUUUCAUCAACUCUGCAACGAGCUUCGUCGCCGGCUUCGUGAUAUUCUCCGUGCUGGGCUACAUGGCGCACACGUCGGGCGUGCGAAUCGAGGAUGUGGCCACGGAGGGGCCAGGCCUGGUCUUUGUCGUCUAUCCGGCUGCAAUUGCCACCAUGCCGGGCAGCAUCUUUUGGGCGCUCAUCUUCUUCAUGAUGCUGCUCACGCUGGGACUGGACAGCUCGUUUGGCGGCUCGGAGGCCAUUAUCACCGCCUUGAGCGACGAGUUCCCCAAGAUCAGGAAGAACCGGGAGCUCUUUGUGGCCGCACUGUUCUCGCUGUACUUUGUGGUGGGUCUGGCCAGCUGCACUCAGGGCGGCUUCUAUUUCUUCCACUUGCUGGAUCGCUAUGCCGCCGGCUACUCCAUACUCGUGGCGGUGUUCUUCGAGGCGAUUGCCGUCUCCUGGAUCUAUGGCACGAAACGCUUCAGCGAUGACAUACGUGACAUGAUCGGCUUUCCGCCGGGCAUGUAUUGGCAGGUGUGCUGGCGCUUUGUGGCGCCCAUUUUCCUGCUCUUCAUAACGGUGUACGGCCUGCUGGGCUACGAGCCGCUGACCUACGGCGACUACGUCUACCCGGACUGGGCCAAUGCACUCGGCUGGAGCAUAGCCGGCUCCUCGGUCACAAUGAUACCGGCCGUGGCCAUCUACAAGCUGAUUGUAACACCGGGCAGCUUCAGGCAGCGACUGCGCACCCUCACCACCCCGUGGCGGGAUCAGCAGCUGGCGGUGAAUGGCGUUGCCACCGAGGUGACAGUGACCCUGGUCCGCCUGGCCGACACCGAGGCGAACGAUGCGGCCGACGUCUGAGCUCGACCCACGGCACGUUUUCAGAUAUACUACGUGUAGAGCAUUUGGAAAUUUACCAACAACUUCAAGAUUAGUAUUAACCCUAGCCUGAAUGUGUGUGAAUCAAUGUAUGUGUGUUAUUGCAGUAGCGGCAGCUAGAAUUGAUUUAAUUUACACUUUCGGCUUAGCUCUUAGGCAGUCUAAUGCACUAGGAAUCUAAUGCAAAUUUCGCAUACAACGUACUUACUUAGGUUUCGACACCAAACAAUGUUGUAGCUCAAAACCAUAAGCCUACAGUUAAGACUAGCCAGUAGUUUCGUAUUGCGCUGUAUUCACAGUGGCGCCAAUAAAUACACACACACUACUCACGCAUACACCUGUACACACAUAUAUAUUAUGCAUACUGUAUGAAAGUAUGUUUGUAUAUUCACCAAAACGCUGUGUAGAUAAUACAGAAGAAAUAUUUAAGUAGACAGUUGUAAUGUUGUUCGAAUGUAUGUAUGUAUGUAAUGGUGUGCACAUGCCACAGGGAAUUAAAGGUACGAUUAGCAGCUCACAGGACCCUUAACUGGAUGUCAGAGUUCGUAUACACACAUAAAUAGCUUUAUUAUAUAGUCUGUGUCUGUGUAGCCGAAGCAGGCAAAGCAAUCAAUAGCUUAUGCCACAUAAUUGAUACAAAUAUAUAUAUACAUAUACAUAUAUAUACACAUAUAUGAGUCCCUGCCAAAUAAUUUAUACGCUUAACGGUCGAGCAAAGUCCUUUUCACACAGCCAUAAAAGGAUUUUGCUCAACUCCUAGUAUUUACAUAUAAAAAUAUACUGAAUCUGUUUGUUGUUGCGUUGAGUCACUCUCUGUUUGACUUCGUCAACCUCGUCUAAUCCCUAAGUGUUACCUUUGAUAAUGUUUACACAAAAGCAAAGUCGCCAGCCAUCGACCUUGCUUUGACUCUUUACCGCUUAAGUUGGAUCCAGGUGAUUCGCAUUGCAUUUCCACGCAGCCAUGUGGGAGUGCAAUGGGUUGCACUAGUAUCGCAUUACCAAACUAAUUUUACUCAGUUCACUUCAAUUAAAUAAA